GUCACACUCUCACAACAUACAACAACACCUCGAGUUCUCAACCAACUUCCAGCAAACAGCUCACAACUCAAUACAUACUCACCAACCUACAACCCUCAGAGUCUGCAAAGAUUCCAAACCCUAAAAGCUGGCAAACAUGUCAGCUACGAAAGAUCUCCCACCCGCAAUUCUCACUCUCACAAAAGCAACAAUCCGACCCUACCACAAAACAGACGCACCCGCCCUCUCUACCGCAGCAAACUCACCCUCCGUAUCCCGCUACCUCCGCGACUCCUUCCCCCGCCCCUACACCCUCGCCGACGCAGAGUCCUGGAUCGCGAUGAAUUCCAGCGACGGCGGCGCGCCGGUGUACAACUGGAUCAUCGCCUGUCCGGAAACGGGGAGGCCUAUGGGGAGCAUCGGGCUCGUGCCGGGGAAGGAUGUGUAUGCGAGGGGGUAUGAGCUGGGGUAUUGGCUUGGGGAGGAGGAUUGGGGGAAGGGGGUUAUGGGGUGUGUUGUGCCUGCUUUUGUGAGGUGGGUUUUCGAGGGGAUGGGUGGUGGGGAGGAGGACGAGGAUCGGAAGACGGAGGUUGAGAGGGUUUGGGCAGGUGUUUUUGAGGCGAAUGAGGGGAGUCAGAAGGUUCUUGAGAAGAGUGGGUUUGUGUUUGAGGGGAGGGCGAGGAGGGCUGUUGUUAGGGAUGGGAUUGUGAUGGAUGAGCUUUUGUAUUCUGUUAUUAGGGACGACUUGGAAAAGUGAUCAUGAUCAUGAUCGCUCAGUGCAAUAUUGCCACCUAUGUAAAUUUCCCCAGACGCCUCAAUCUCUUCACAACAUGGGUGAGAGUUGUCUUGACCGAGCAACGGUAGGUCUCAGUUGGUGAAGAGCAUUCGUGUCGAGAAGCUUGAUAAAUGUAGCUCGAUCAUACAGUCGCGUCUGGGCAUCUAGGCUCCAAACAGGAGGCACUAGGCUACGAUCCCCGUGAGCUUCAAUAACCAAAGCGUGGUAGUCGCCGUCUGCCACCCAAGGAAAGCAGUCAAAUGGCGGGGCCUGUUUUAAGCAGUGA